GAAUCCUGUAUGUUGAGGAUGGAUUCUCCUAAACAAAAUAAGAUUGCAUUAGCUCUUUUGGCCACAGUACCACACUGGGAACAUCAUGUUCACCUGACUACCAGGACCCCCAAAUCGUUUUCAGAGUCACUGUUUCGCAGGAUAGAGUCCCCUAUCUUGUCUGAGGAGUUUGAAAGUAGUCUCCUAGGGUCAGACAAUAACAAUGAGUGCUUCAGUGAUUCUUCUUCUACCUCUUCCAAGGGUCAAGUGAGCGGGAGCUCAGAAUCUGGGGGCAAGUGGGCUAUUCGCAGACCUGACUGGCUGGAAAUGAGAGGAAUAAAAACCAAUAUUAAUAAAUCCUCAGAGAAGAAAGGAGAAUCGCCUUCCAGAGGGAAGAGGAAAUCUGAGCAAGAGGAUGAUGAAGAUUAUGAAGAAUUUUCCAGAAAGAAGCAGAAAGUUCCUGCAAGGAAAAAGCAACGAGCUGGGGUGCAACAAAAUCCCAAAUCCAAAGGACGUUGUGUGCGGAAAGAGCCACCAACGUAUGCAGCAGGCAGUGUGGAGGAACAGUGGUACCUGGAGAUCCUAAAUAAGGGCAGAGUUACCUGUCCAACAUGCAGAGCUGUGGUCAGGAAGACUGUAGAGGGGCUGAAGAAACAUAUGGCGAAUUGCAGACAGGAAAUGUUCACAUGUCAUCACUGUGGAAAACAGCUCAGGUCUUUGGCAGGAAUGAAAUACCACAUCAUGGCAGAUCACAACAACUUGCCAGUUGUGAAGGAGGGAGGUGAAUUUGAUGAGCAGUGUGAACGAGACCGCCUCCGGAAGGUGCUGAAGCGAAUGGGAAAGCUAAAGUGUAUGAGGGAGGGGUGUACAGGCAGUUUCACCAGCAUAAUGGGAUACGUGUACCAUAUGAAAAAGUGUGGGAAGGAGGCCUCUGAGUUGGAGAAAAUGGCCAUGAAAUGUCGUCACUGUGGGAAAGCAUACAAGUCAAAGGCAGGGCUUGUUUAUCACCUUAAGUCUGAGCAUGGGCCGGUCACUUUCCUCCAUGAAGAAGGGAGGCCUGAGAGUCUGACGGAAAUGACCCUGGAGCCCAGUAGUGCAGGCAGAGUCCAGAGAAAAUCUGCUAAGGUGGCAGUCUAUUACCUUCAUGAGCUAGCUAAUGAAGAGCUGGCCAAGGAGUGGCCUAAGAAAAAGGUUCUACAGGACCUCGUCCCAGAUGAUCGGAAGCUGAAAUACACCCGGCCUGGACUGCCCACAUUUAGUCAGGAUGUGUUGUGCAAGUGGAAAUCGGAGAUAAAGAUGUACCGAAGGGUCCACUGUCCAAACCAGGGCUGUGAGUCUGUAUAUGGCAGUGUCUCAGGACUCAAAUCUCACCUUGGCACCUGCACCUUGGGAGACUUUGUGGCUGGGAAAUACAAGUGUCUCCUGUGUGAGAAGGAAUUCAUAUCGGAGAGCGGGGUCAAGUAUCACAUCAACUCUGUGCAUGCUGAGGACUGGUUUGAUGUGAAUACCACUAACAAAAAAGGCUUUGAGAAGCUGAUGAAAAUCCGCCAAAGAGAAGAUGAGCAGAGGAAGCAGCGAAAGAAGCGUACCGCAGCCCGGAGCAGAAAGAAAAGGCCUGUAACUGUGUCUACCAAGAAGCUCCUUGGUGCAGGGGCUGAGAAAAGCAGAAGAAGGAGUAAGAGGGGGCGUUCCCAGCUGGUGGACAGUGAGAGCAGGAGCAGCGAGGAGGAGGAGGAGGAGCCCCAAGCUGUACAGAGAGCAGAAACUCCAAAAAACAUCCACAAACGGGGCAGGAAAUAGAUCAUUGGAGGCAGAGGAACUAGACAGUCCUAGGAAGCCAGGGGCCCAGGUCAUGGCACCGCGGUCACUUCCUCCCAUGGACAGCGGCGCUAGCAGUGUAUCCAGUGUAGUUUGUGCCCUAGUUACAGGCCGAGUUCAGUUUAUGUUAGUUGCUUAUUUAGUGAUUUUAAAUAUUUUAGCCUCCAUUACAGCUCUCUGCUUUUGUUGUCCUCCUCUUAGGGAUCCUCAGCUUUGGUGAGGGCAGGUUUCCUUGAUGGAAGAAUGUGUCCUUUUAUGGGAUCUCUAGGACUGGGUGUGCAGGUCUCAGUUGGGGGACAGAUUUCCUUUGGGGUAGUGAGUGCAGAUCCUGGGCAGUUUCUGGGGUGGGGCACAGAUGCUCCGGCUUGAUCACCUGCAGCCCAGUGCUAUCUCAGGUGCUUAAAGGGCCCGCCUCUGAGACUCAGACACUUGAGUGCAGUCUCCCUUUUAGGUCAUUGCCAUAAAGCACCAUCCCUUUACUACACUAAUCUGCAAACUCAGCACUGCCCAGCAGUUUAGGAACCCAGGCUUGCCUGAUGGGGUAGGACAUCACCCUGUCAAAAGCAGAAGUGUUUGCCGUGGGCUAAUGCACCCUUCAGCACCUGCCUCCUUUAAGGCUGAGCACUGACUGGUCAAAAGUGGGGAGGGAGCUCUUCCUCCCGUCUGUGGCUAGAGACCAGCUGUCUGUACCCUUGCAUUCCAGAGGCAUGUGGCAGCAAACUUGUCUGCCAGCACACUGCAGUCUGGGGAUGUGUGAGAUCCGUGCAGAUGGCUUGUGCUAUGUUAUAGGUUCACUGUUCAUAACAGCCACCUCCCACCUGCAGAAUAGAGCUCAUACACAGUAGCAAAGCACUGUGUAUUGCUGCCAUGGGGUGGCCUUGCCCUAAUUUGGUGUCCUCCUUCCCUCUCAAGCCGUAAUAGGCGCUGCUUCUCCUUGUAAGUGAGCUCUGCAGAUGCCCUUUCCCCUGAGCUAGCCACCUUUAUUGGGACAAGCCUUAUGUAAUGAGCCUUCCUGUGUGUUGGUGUCAGGGCUGGAGGUAGGGGGGUCUUGUUUACCUGUUGAAUUAAGUUUUAAUUUAGCACAUGGUGAGUGUUUUGCCAUGUUCCACUUGUACAGCAGAGCCAGUUGAGACCCGUAAAUGCGCAACAUCUCUGGCAGGCAUAGGCACCCCCAUUCUCUGCUGGGCAGGGACGGGGCCUGCAGGAUUUGUGAUAUCAGACCACAUCCCCUGACAGGGAAAACUGCAAGAUUUGAUGUCUCUUUACCCUCUACUCUCUCUUGUCCUGCUACAGUUCCCUGCCUCAGCUGGCUCUUUAGUUUGAUAUGUAAGGAUUCAGUUAGCAGGAUCCGGCACUCAACAGUACCCUUCAUGUCUCGCUGCAGUGAAAGCUUCCACCUCGGCCAAAGUUGCUGGUGCUGAAAUUCACAGAGGACUCCCUGAGGUGCAGAGGGCACAGACAGGUUUAUUUGUGUUUUCUAGCAGUGAUGUUCGUUCACCCGUAUAAUUAAAUUGCUUUUGUGGCUGGGGGUAGGACCCAACUCUCCCCAGCCAUGGCCAUUUUACAGAAGCUAUACCCUAAUGUGCGUAGAGUGAAGCAAAUUACCCCCACCUCUUGCCUAACACCCAUGGCGAUUGUUGGACUCUGCAUGCAAUGCUCCAUUCUGAUCUAGGUGCAGCAGCUGCACUUCAUGCUGGGACCUGCAGCUAUCAUGGAUUGCAGUGCUGUAUUAAAGAGGCAGGUUUCUGGGCUCUUCUAUAGAGGCUGUGAAAUUUGUGGUCAUAACAGCAGGAUCAGGAUCGGAACAAAAUGAAAUAAAAUGUCACCAGUGCAAGAAUGUGA